CACACAUCAACACACACUUCUCAAAAAGCCUCUCUCCUGAGUGUCUCUGUCUGUCUUUGCCCUUCUCUUCUCUUCUCCCGAAGCUCUGCAUAGGCACCAACCUCUCUUUUGACCUAUAGAGAGAGAGAGAGAGAGAGAGAGAGAGAGAGAGAGAGAGAGAGAUCUAAAGAUAAAAAGCGUAGAGACAUCAUUUGAGGUUCUUUACCAGAAAUCUCAAAAUCUAAGCUCCUCUCCUUGAGCAAGUAUGGUUUUGUUUGAGAAACGUAUCUCUCUCUCCUCCUCCUUCCUCUUAUUCUUCGUCUUCUCUCUCUUCCCUCGCCCUUCUCUCUCCUCCACGUUUCUCGUCGACGGCGUCUCUGUCUGGAAAAACCCUACUGCUCAUGUCGGAGACUCCGUCGUUUUCAGAAAUAAGUUUGGGUACGGUCUCUACAUCUUCAGGAGCAAAGAUGCAUUCAGUGUUUGCAAUUUCAGUCGAGCCACCAUUCUGACAAAUCCCAACUCCACAUCCUUCACGUGGCACCCAUCAAGACCUGGCUUCUAUUACUUCACCUUCGCCAACACCACCUCCGCCCUCAAAACUUGCCAACUCAGCCAAAAGCUCACCGUCCACGUCAUCACCGCCGCCGCAUCGCCACCUGCGACAGCCCCUGAGCCAGUCUCCGGCGGAGAGAUCUCAUCUUCGCCGUCGUAUCCGUGGCCGUUGGGUCCACGUGAAGGCUCGUCGGCAUACUCUCCGGGACCAUCUCCGGCAGAAAUCACGGCGGUGACGGUGCCUGAGAAAGGAGGCAUGCCGUUCAUCAACAGUAAUCCGGCGGUUCCUCUCCCCACCGGCGAAGUUGACUCCGCCUCUGUCAACCCUUUCACCUCCUCGGCUAAUGAUGCACCACGUAAUCAGACGGAAAAAUAAAAGCAGAUAAAGGCAGCCGUUACUUCCCGCCAAGGCAAACCGUUAAAAAGAGCAGCCGACCGUUGACAGUUGCAUUCAUGUUCAAGGAACAAGCAACAAGCAAGGAAUAUAUACUUGUGGUCAUGUUCAAAGGGAAUAACUUAUGAUCUGCAAAAA